UAAAGAAUUAAAGAUGGCCUCCAAUGUAAAUGUACACAACAAUCAUGACCAAAGUGAUAUCUUUAAAAAUCUUAGAGAGAACAUUCAGCUUGUAUCGAGACAAAUAACUGAUGGAGUGAAUACCCGCAAAGAUGCUGCUGAGUUUGACAAAGAAACUUAUUGGAAUAAAAUUGCUGCCAUAUUUAAAAUUCUCUCCAUGGAAACCACUAAGCUUUCAUUGGCAUUUUCUAAGAAACCAUUUCCUUCAAAUAAGAAUACAGAGGCAUUAGUUCAAGAGAUGGAAAAAGCUAUAUUAACUUUAGUUUCUAUAUACUACUCCCUUCCUACUUCUCAAGGCAGUACACUUAAGUCUCAUCUUCAACAAGCUGUGCUUCAAGUUUUAGAUAACCUGCAGCAGUUCGUCUUAUCACUGUCUGAUUGCAUCAAUUCUCAAAGUGAUAAGAGAAUUCAGUGGACAGGGGGAGUCUGGGAAGCUUCCAAUUUUGUUCUUCUGAGAGAUAACAGAGAAUGUGUUUUAAAAGAUUUACAAGAAACAUAUGAGCUUGUUCAAGAUGCGUUACAAGAGCUGGAAAAGGCUAGUUCAAUUGAAAUGCAAGACGAUUUGCUUGAUGAAGAUAAUGACAAGUGGUCAGAACAUGAUAAAACUGUGAUCUCUGCUUGUGGUGGUCUGGUCAAAACAUUGCUUAGCAUUGUUAAAAAAACUCGUGGCUGUGUUGAAAAAUCUGGAGAUAUUUCAACUAAUGAGGGCAUAUCUACAUUGGAUGAAUUGUCAACUUUGACAUCAGGUGUCAGCAGCGUAGUGGAUGACUUUGUAUCUGGCAUUUAUCCUCCCAUGGAUUAUGAUGCCUUUGUUCAGAAUGGUGAAGUCCUUUCUGAAGUUGGCAGAAACAUUAUAAAAUUUUUAAAAGAUUGCAAACUUACAAAUAAUGAGGAUACCAAGUGGUUAGACUUUUUAACACAUGCGUGUUCUCACAAUCUUGAGAAGUUGAAAGCCAGUGUUUUGCCCAGUUGAUUGUCUUUCAUAAACUUUGCUGUCUUGUAAAUUCAUUGUAAUUUGUUUGCAAUAUAAGUGAUGCAGAAAUAAUAAAUUUUAUGU